ACCCGGCAGGUCCGGCAGCAUUUGUGGACGCAAAUAAACUCGGAGUUCAGGGGCGAGACCCUCCUUCAGAACUGGGCAUCACCUGCGGAAUCCGUCGCGUUGUGUGAUCUUUCCAACGGAGUUGCAAAGUUUGGUGCUGGGUCCCAGGACGACGAGGGAAGGCCGGGCCGUUUUUGAAAGACCGAAGAGUGAUGUCAUCACACGAUACCCAGGCUGCUCCAGUGCGAAUCGCUUGGCGAGGCCUACCCUCGAGAGGCUCUUGAGGCAAGAUGGCAUCCGCGCUGAGGAGCGCUUGCUCCCGGCGCACCUUGCAGAGGUGUUUGCCGAUCCUGGCGUGGCUGCCGCGAUACUCGGCUCGGUGGCUGCAGAUGGACGUCCUGGCUGGAGUGACCGUGGGUCUGACCGUGGUCCCUCAGGCCCUCGCCUACGCCGAGAUUGCUGGCCUUCCUGCUCAGUACGGCCUCUACUCCUCCUUUAUGGGCUGCUUUGUUUACUGUCUGCUCGGCACCUCGAAGGACAUCACCCUGGGCCCAACGGCGAUCAUGUCUCUCCUCGUCUCCACGUACGCUCGCCACGACCCGGUGUACGCUGUGCUGCUGGCUUUCCUCUGCGGCUGCAUCCAGCUGGCGAUGGGAGUCCUGCGCCUCGGCUUCCUUGUUGACUUCAUCUCUUUGCCGGUGAUAAAGGGCUUCACCAGCUCUGCUGCUCUGACCAUCGGCUUUGGCCAGGUGAAGAACAUCCUCGGACUGCGUGACAUUCCCCGCCAAUUCUUCCGGGAGGUCUACUAUACCUUCUAUAAUAUCCCGCACACCAGGGUGGGAGAUCUCGCGCUGGGCCUGGUCUGCGUCCUGCUGCUCGUCGUGCUGAAGCUGAUGAAGGGGAGUCUCCCAGCAAAGCCGAGGGAGCUGCCGCUGAACCGGCUGUGCCACACCGUCGUCAGCUUCGCCGCCACCGCCCGGAACGCCGUGGUUGUGGUGGCAGCCAGCCUGGUCGCCCUCUGCUUCGAGAGUCGGUGUUGGCACGUGUUCACCCUGACGGGACCGAUGGCUCGGGGUCUCCCGCCUUUCCGAUUUCCACCCUUUCCCCAGGCGGAGACGAACGGCACGCAAUGCUUCGCGGAGAUUGUCCGGGACUUCGGAGCGGGGUUGGCUGUGGUGCCUCUGGUGGGAUUUCUGGAGAGCAUAGCGAUUGCCAAGGCUUUCGCCACUCAGAACGGAUACAGGAUCCACCCAGAUCAAGAGCUCCUUGCCAUCGGCAGUACAAACAUCCUGGGCUCCUUUGUCUCGUCCUUCCCCGUGACUGGAAGCUUUGGCAGGACUGCAGUGAACUCUCAGACGGGGGUGUGCAGCCCCGCUGGCGGGAUAGUGACUGGAAUCAUCGUGCUGCUGUCCCUGGCCUUUCUCACUCCACUCUUCUUCUACGUCCCGAAGGCAGCCCUGGCGGCCGUCAUCAUCUGCGCAGUCUCCAGCGUCUUCGACCUCCGCAUUCUCGUCACGCUUUGGAGAGUGAACAAGCUGGAUCUGCUGCCAUUCCUAGCAUCAUUCCUGGGCUGUUUUUGGGAAAUCCAGUAUGGAAUUCUGGCUGGAAUUGCAUUGUCUGGGAUUAUUCUGCUUUACAACGUUGCCAGACCAGAGAUCAAGGUGGCUGACUACGGUCCGGUGGUGGUGCAGUUGCAGAGCGGGUUGAACUUCCCGGCUGCUGAGUACGUCCGUGACCUGCUGCAUCGACGGGCGCUGGAAGACUCUCCCAGUAUUGGAAACGUCUUCUCCAUGUUCACUCGAGCCUCUCCUCCCCGCUCAGCCAUCCUGGACUGCGUUCACGUCAGCAGUAUCGACUACACGACCGUCAACAGCCUGCGAGAGCUAAUCCUGGCGUUCCAGCACCAGAACCUCUCCCUGCUGCUCUGUAACCUGCGGCCCAAGACCUUGUUGAUUCUGGCGUCAGCAGAGAUCGAAGGACUGAGAUACUUUGACAGCACCGAGGCAGCGAUGCGUCACCUGCAGGGUAACUGUCUUCAUUCACGAUUACUGUCUGCUGCUGUAGGGCUGGACUUUGCCUGGCCAGCUUGUGCACCUCCCCCCUUCGCCCCACCCAUUUCUGGCUGCAGCCCCCUUCCUUUCCAGUCCCGAUGGCCUCAGCGGAAACUCGGAUUGGGUAUUCCCGUGUGUGUUGGACAGGAUAAACUAAACAGAAGUUGACAGAAUACCAGACUUUGGGGGACAAUGUCACCUGCCAUAUUUUUAGAUUAGAUUAGAUUCAACUUUAUAGUCAUUGUGCCGAGUACAGAUACAAAGCCAGUGAAAUGCAGUUAGCAUCUAACCAGAAGUGCAAAGAAUAGUGUUAUUUACAAAAUAACCGUGAAUAAAAAGUAGGUGCAACAGCACACAAGUAUUAAAGUUCUGAGACAGUACAAUAUGGGUGCAAUACUGCUUAGCGCUGUGAUGUGAGGUUCAGCAGGGUCACAGCCUCAGGGAAGAAGCUCUUCCUGUGUCUGCUGGUGCGGAGGCUCCUGUAGUGCCUACCGGAUGGGAGGAGAGUAAAACGUCCAUGGUUAGGGAGAGAUGCAUCUUUUUUUUUUAUUAGUUUUUUUUAAUGCAUUUUACAGAUUAAAAAAAACCCCAAAUCACAAUGAGGAACAUUAAUACAGUGCAAGAUUAAGCAUACAAUGACAAUAUGAUACACCUAAAAAAGCACCUAAAUUGAAGACAAGUAAACUUAGUGUCCUCCCCAAGCCCCACAACACAAAAAAAAACUCCAGACCAACCACAACACAAUAUAGAGAAUAUAAAUCAGGACAAUCAAACUCCCAGACUGUGAAUACACUCAGCAACAGAGGAUAUUAAUGCCUACUACCAGAAAAAAAAAGGAGCUGAAAGCAAGGGACCGAAAAGAAAAAAAAACCCCAGUCAAGAGGAAGGUUAUGAAAGUACUCGAUAAAAGGUCCCCAGAUCUUAUGGAACUUUAGGUCCGAAUUGAGAACUGAAUAAUGAAUUUUUUCGAGGUCCAAACAGGCCAUGAUGUCGUUAAGCCAUUGAGCAUGAGUGGGCGGGGCAACAUCUCUCCAUCUAAGGAGGAUCAAGCGUCUAGCCAGGAGAGAGGCAAAGGAUAAUAUUCGGCAUUUGGUCGGACUCAGACAUAAAUCUGUCUCGCCCCAAGAACCGAACAGAGCAAUUAAGGGGUUUGGUUCUAGGUGCCGAUGCAGAAUAUACGAUAAUGUAGUGAAGACAUCUUUCUCCAAGCUAGGACAGAACCAGUACAUAUGAAUGAGAGAGGCCUCGCCCCUCUUGCAUUUAUCACAGAAGAGAUGCAUCUUUGAUAAUGCUUUUUGCCCUGCCCAGGCAGUGUUUAUGGUAGAUGUUCUCAAUGGUGGGCAAUUGGGUGCCGAUAAUCCGCUGGGCAGUUUUCACCACCCGCUGGAGAGCUUUGCGGUCCGAUACAGGACAAUUGCCAUACCAGUUGGUGAGUAUGCUCUCAAUGGUACAGCAGUAAAAGUCCGUCAGUAUCCGUUCUUGAAGGGGUGAUGAGCCAAAGAUGUGUUGAGUAAUUUGAUUUUUCCUCUUCCCCCGGCCACAGGCACCGAGACCUGGAUGGGUGAGAGAUCUCUGCUUGGUAGCCCCGAUCCGCGGUGAAGAGGAAGGCAAAGGCUCCUAUGUGAGGCCGGUGGGUUGUAGCAGUGUGGACGUGUCACCGGGUUCUGGCCGGAGAACCUCGAACCUUCCCUGAGGCAGGGCAGCCAUUUCAUUGCACGUCCAGCAAUGAUGAGACUAAUGCAUAGACACCUCCAAUUGCUGUAACAGAGACAAAUCCCAGUUCAGUCGGCUUCCUCAUCGUAGUGUGUCCUUGGGGCAGCAUAGUAACUAAGCGUUUAGUAUAACACUAUGACAGUGCCAGUGACCCGGGUUCAAUUCCUGCCUCCGUCUGUAGGGAGUUUGUACGUUCUCCCCAUUACUCUGUGAGUUUCCUCCGAGUGCUCCGGUUUCCUCCCACAUUCCAGUGAUGUCUGGAUUAGUGAGUUAAUUGGACGCAUGAGUGUAAUUGGGUUGUGAAGGCUCGUUGGGCCAGAGGGGCUUGUCACCGUGCCGUAUCUCUAACUAAACCUCAGUCAUCCUCUUCAGUCUGAGUAAGGAAGAUGAAAGAAUUGAUUUUAUUUGCGACACAAACAUUGAAACAUGAAAUGUGCCGUUUGUGUCGGUGACCGCACCGUCCGAGGAUGUGCUGGGGGCAGCCCACAAGUGCCGUCCUGCUUGUGGGACCAACAGAGCACGCUGACAGCUUACCAACCCUCACCUGUACCCGGGGAAACGCAGGUGGUCACAGGAAGAACGUACAAACUCACAGGCAGUGGAGGGACUUGAACUGUUAGCUGUCCCUGUAACACAAUGCUAGCCGCUACACUACGGUGCUGCCCUCCAAAGAUUGUUUUCCCCUCCAGCCUGUUUUCAUCUGUUUCUGUGAAAUUGGAAAUAGUAAAAGGAACCUUUGCCCAGUACAGAGGCACAAGUUUGUGGCUUUGCACACUGGUGGGCUUGGGGUGAGGGUCAGUGAGGGAGGAGUGGUUCAGUGGACCUGUUACUGCUUCUGGGCAACGUACUUGUGGGUUUUACCAUAAGACAUCGGAGCAGAAUUGGGCCAUUUGGCUCCCUGGGUCUGCUCCGCCAUUCCAUUACCGUCUCUCUCACCCCCAUUCUCCUGCUUUCUCCCAUAACCUUUGGAACUCUGACUAACCUCCACUUUAAAUAAUAACUUGGCCUCCACACAGUAACUUGGUCUGUGGCAAUGAAUUCCACAGAGUCACCACCCUCUAAAGGAAAUUCCUCCUCAUCUCUGUUCUAAAGGCACUUUCCUCUAUUCUGAAGCUGUGCCCUCUGAUCCUAGACUCCCCCACUAUAGGAAACAUCUACUCUAUCCAGACCUUCCACGAUUUGGCAGGUUGCACAGAGAUUCCCUCUCCUCCACCUAAAAGUUUGCAUGUUUGAGAGGGUCUGUACUUUAUUUAGUAACCCUCCCCACCCCUCCAGUACCAAAGAAGUGUGCCCAUUCCAAAAGUUGGCACGAGAUCAACAUGGUAGAGGUGAAAGUUCCAAGCCACUGUCAGAUUAUUACCUCAGAAUAUUGUGAUGAUUAGCCAGAUUUUGUGAUGCUCUCUAGCACCUUGGAACAGUUUACAAUGGAGAAUUGGGGGGUUGGGGGAGCUUAAAGAGUUCUGAAAACUUGCAUGCUUAAGGAAAUAUUGCAACUAAGGUUUUGCCAGUCAAGGGGAAUUAAGUGUGCAUAUUUACAGUGAUAGAUUUUACAGUAGUUAGUAAUCCAAUCUAUAAAUCAUUGACACCUUUGCCUCUUUAAUCUUAUGAUAUUUUUAAA